AUGUCCUCUCCGUCAGUCCCUUCGGUCGAAGAAGUGAGCCGAUGGAAGCGAGCUCAGGUUCUUACGUUUUUACGGUCCAAAAAAGACGAGCUUGACCUUGACGAUGAAGACAUAGAUAUAGUCCAAAAGAACAAAGUCGCUGGUCGCGCGUUCCUCAACCUGACUGCGGAAGAGCUUGAACGAUGCGGAAUGACAAUGGGACCAGCAAAAACGAUUGUAGACCUAAUCAAAGAAAUAAAGGGCGAGCGAGAAGAACGAGGGAAACGAAAAGCGGAGGGAGAACUUACGUUUGCACCGAAAAAAAGGAAGUGGACGGUAAAUAGUGCGAUUACACGAGAAGAGCGCUCUAUAGUCUAUUAUGCGGACCCAACAGAACGGAAUGGCCCACUUCUUGAGUUAAUUCAUCGGGGUGAGUUUGUAGCGUUAUACGGGCCACGAGCCUCGGGGAAGUCUACACGGGUGCUUGCAAUUCAAGAUCAGUUGCGAAAUGAAGGAUUUGUUUGCAUUUACACAUCUUUUGAGCAUGUCGAGGUCAAGGGGGAUAUAGACACCUUCUGGCGGACACUCGGUAUGGCUCUCCUUCGCAAUGCUCAUGGGAAUGGCAUUUCCGUUUCAGAAAUCGAUUCUGCACAGGGUUUUCUCAAAGCGUUUCAGCGCGAUCAGUGGGAGCACAAUGUUGUUCUCCUUUUCGAUGAGUUUGAUAAAUUGUAUAGAGCAAGCGAAGAUGUUACAUCAUCAUGCCUGGAGACUCUGCGUGGCAUCAGAAAUGACAAAAGCUCAUUUGCUAUCUUUUCUGUUGUUGCCGUCGGACCGUUUAGUAUUUUAUAUCUGAAUUCGAAAGAGUUGACUACAUCACCUUUCAAUGUCAGAACACCAUUUCAAAACCCAAACUUUAUUCGAGAACAAGUACAAACAUUAUACGAAGAAUUUAUGAAAGAAGAACGUAUAACUAUCGACCCAGAAAUUAUCGAGGACAUAUACAGUGGCCUGCCAAAAUUUUACGACCACCUGCCGAUCAUCCAAUUGCAAUCUGCCACUU